AUGAAGCACACAAUUGUGUUGAAAAGAGAUGAUCUUAUUACAGAUGGAUCUAAACAAGAACACAACAAUAUUUAUGAGCUAACUCUAACUUUAGAUUCUGGUAAAGGAACUGUAAUUAAAAGUCUGACAAAUUCAACAACAAGUCUUUUCGUACAAAAGCUAAAUAUAUUGGCUAAUAUAACAGAAGAAUUGAUUUUGCGGCUCUUGAAAAGAAAAUUUAGUGAUGACGGUCUCAAUCCAUUUCUUGAACGUUCACUUUUUCUUUUCGUCUCAACACAAUUUACUCUCGAACACCAUUUUCCAGCUGCAUGGGAUUAUUUAAAAGAACGCGCUGCCGAUCAUAUUGCUUUUACAUCUAGUCUACUCAAUAAUUUACAUUUCAACAAUGGCACAGUUGCUCUUUUAAUAACAAUUGCUUACGAAAGUUCACUGUGUACAUGA